AUGCGUCGUGAUGUCCUAGUGAUUGUAGCAGUAGCCGGUCUUGCUUAUGCAAAUGACCCGGCCCCGGUGUCAUUUGAUGCCGGAGAUUGGCUUGGUAUUGAUGGUAACUGGUCAACCAUCAAAGUCUUACUGGGCUCGAACUCGGAUCUCGUCAAUGUUCUUAUGAGCACGUCACUCUCUGAAUUUUGGGCCAUUGGACCUGGAGGCUGUUUAAAAAAGGAACCACACUGCACGGCUGCUCGCGGUGGUAUUUACACUCCAUUUGCAUCUAAACAUUGGUCAUACAUGGGAAUUUGGCAGCUCGGUUUGGACUACUUGGGCUAUGGUGGGAACGGCCAGUAUGGAUUGGACACAGUCAAUGCAUACAGCACGAUUACCGAUAUUGGAUUCGGCAUGUCCAAUGUCCUCAUGUCUGCGAUCAACACAACAGACUACUAUUUGGGCUAUUUCGGCCUCGGUAUUACACAAGGCAGCUUUGGUCAUGAAGUCGCUCAAUCACCUUUAACACAAGCCGUCCAUACCUUUGGAUGGAUUCCCAGUUAUAGUUAUGGCUAUACAGCUGGCGCUGCCUACCGAAACAUGCCCGUAUCGAUUACCUUGGGCGGCUAUGACACGGCUAGAUACGUGCCACACAGCGUCGACUUCACCUUGACUCCGCAAGACAACAUGCCUCGCGCCUUAAUCAGAGGCAUCGAAGCAUCUGUGAAUAAGAGCACCACUAAGCCCAAAAAGUGGCUAUCCGAAACAGCAAGCCUUUCAGACUGGAACAACUCUUUCACAGCCUUGAUUGAUAGUACCACGCCAUAUCUGUGGCUACCAAACACAGUCUGUGAUGAGUUUGCAAAUGCAUUCAACUUGACAUAUAACAAGACAUUUGAUCUAUAUACCCUUACGAAUGAGCAGUAUAACAGCUAUGGCUCAUCAGAUUCCUUCACCUUCACCUUUAGCUUUUCGAGCUUUGAUAACCAUGACAAUUUUGGAUCUCCUCUGGAUGUACCGGGCCUGGUAAACAUCACUGUGCCAAUGCGAGCAUUCGUGAGCCUAUUGCAAUACCCUUUUAUGAAUCAGACAAUCAAAUAUGGAGACCCGGCCGUGCCAUAUUUUGCACUUCGGAGGUCUCAAAAUGAUUCCGCAAUCAUCAUCGGCCGAUCGUUUCUACAGGAAGCAUACCUAAUAACGAAGUAUGACGAGGCUGUAUUCUCAGUUCACCAGGCCAAAUUUCCUCAACGGCCUAUAGCAGACGCAAACUUGAUAGCCAUCAAGCAACCUAAUAACAGCCCUUACCCGCCACCACCGAAACAGACAGGCACGAAACUAAACACAGGACAAAUGGUUGGCAUCGCUGUUGGUGCCAUUCUACUGUGCCUAUUCUGCCUUGUGAGUGUAUGCUAUCUGUGCCGCCGAAGAAGAUCGCAGGAAAAGGGCGAGGAGACAACCACCAAGGAAACCAAGGACAGCGCAUCCACAAUUGUUCCGGAUACACCAAGGAUACCGAAGCCUGCCUUGUUUUGUAAAUUUACACGACGCAAAAGGUUACAGAGCGAUGUGACAAAGUCCACUACCACUGCCGUUCUCUCACAUUGCAUGGAGGCUCCAGAUUCGGAAAUCUACGAACUCCCAGCCCCUAUGGCUCCCGUUGAACUUGAUGCAAGUGAUGGAGAGGAUAGCGGCUCAAUAAUUUGCGAUACUAUUCCAGGCACGGACACGACAAGGAGCCUCAGCGCAUAUGAGGUAGCGAGGAGGAAGAUGGACCGACAGCUUCAGGGCCCUGUUCCUGAAUACUCGCCACCUCAGCUAGAGAUUGUGCUGCCGCGAGAAAAGGCAAUAUCACAUGAUACCGGCGCAGCUUAUGCGGCCUGGAGUAGGGAAACAACACCUGUCUCGCCAAUGAAACCUGGAUCGGGAACCAGCUCUCUUCCAACAUCGCUUCCCUCACCCAUCUCUUCUGGGUCGGGGUAUAGUAGUCAUCCGGACAAUACGUCGCAACCAGCUGUUACCCCUGUUGCGACUCAUAUAUCAGACAGUGGCUCAACAGGUGUGCACGAGCAGAGCGACGAGGAAAAAAGCCAGGGCCAAAGCUCAUCUCCAAUGGCGUGCCAGAAAACCCCAAUUGACCCAACAAACAUUGUCUGCUUGGGCAAUCUCCCAGAAAAUAUGCAAUCGCUCAGACACAGCAUCAUGUUGGCGCAUAUCGUGAGCCAAGAGAACCGCGAUAGCAUUAGUAGCUUCACACCCCGGUUCAAAGCUGAGUUCCAUCUUUCCGAACAGAGUCUAGGAAGCAACUAUACAGAUGAGGAAGAACGAAUCAUGCAUGAAGUGACGCGGCAAGCUACAUUCUCCCUUGCCCGGUCAAAAGGGGAGCCAUCCUCUGCUGAACCGACAGGAGAGCGAGGAGAGGAGCACAAUUUGGGCACAAACAACCCUUAUUCUUCACGGGGAGAGGAACGAAUAGAUGGGAAUGACCUCAUCCAUGUCCCUCAAAUGGCAGAAAAGCGAUAUAGCUGGGAAGACUAA